GUAGUCGUCAUCAUGAGUAGAGGUGAACAAAGAACGAAAGAGGGAGAGAGAGAGAUUGUGAGUGUCCAGUGACCGUAGGGUCGUGUGUUUAACAUCUGAAGUGUACCAUCAACAGCCAUGUCCGACUCUGAGAAACAACCAGAGGGGGAAGUGGAAGCUACAGAAAGACCUGCUGCAAGUGGAAAAAAGAUAAUAGCUUCCAAAGUAUCCGGCACGGUUAAAUGGUUUAACGUAAAAAGUGGAUAUGGCUUUAUUAACCGGGAAGAUACGAAGGAGGAUGUUUUUGUACAUCAGACAGCAAUAAUAAAGAACAAUCCUCGUAAAUAUCUGAGGAGCGUUGGGGAUGGUGAGAAAGUCGAGUUUGAUGUCGUCGAAGGAGAAAAAGGAAAUGAAGCUGCCAAUGUCACUGGACCUGGUGGAAAUCAUGUGCAAGGCAGCAAAUAUGCUGCUGAUCGACGCAGAUUUCGACGGGGAUGGUGGAACAGGAGAAGGCGAGGUGCUGCCAGGGAAGUGAAGGAGGGUGAGGAAGCUAAAGAAGAAGUUGAAGGUGAAAGUGGAGAUGGUGGCGGUAGUGAAGAAAGGAACAGGCCUCCAACCAGGCGCAGGCCAUACUGGAGAAGAAAGCGUUUCUUCCGUGGGCCAAGACGAGGUAUGCCGUCUAGAAGUGUUCCUCAGGAUGAGCAUGGAUCAGCUGGUGAAGGAGAUUCAAGGAUGCAUGGCCCUCCCCCUUUCCGUCGGCGACGUCCCUUCUUCCGUAGAUACUAUCGUCCUCCCAUGCAUCGCUAUCCCCAUGGUGGCCCUCCAAGGGAUAAUGAACAUGAAGAUGAUAGUGGCCAAUCUGUUCCCCAAGCUUUCCGGAGACGACCCAGACGUACCAGAGGUGGUGGCAGCUUUAGGCGAGGUAGAUGGAGUUCCCGGGGAGGACGUUCAGGUCAGAGGGAGCUGUCUGAAGGUGAACCAGGAAUUAAUGAAAGUGGUAACCAGAAGGCAGAAGACAGUGUUCCUCCUAACAAAUCUGAAGACAGCAUGUCUGGGCCUCCCUCUUCAAGUGCAGAGGUAACUCCAGCUGCCUCUCAGGCUGCUGCCUAGACAUGUGACUUUUUUAGUACAGCUUGCGUAGCUACAGUAAAAUGGAAGAAAGAUUCCAGUGUUAGUAAGAUCACUUUAAUUUAGUAAAAUGCUCCAUUUCCCUUUUAUAAAGUUGAAUGAAUGUCAUGUCAACCAGCUUUUUUUUUCUUGUAGGAAAGACCAUCCAGAUAACUCCCAUUGUUCAACAUCAAGUUGACUGGGUUGGCGGACAUUUUUGUCUGAGGGCUGCCUGCUUUAUUCUCCAACACCUGUCUUUUAAUAGCCCCUGCCCUUAAAGUCUGUUCAACUUUAUCAGGGAGAUGUAAGGCUACGUUAUGAAAUAAAGAUCCAUCUUGAGCAACAUAGCUUGUGUUUGUUUCUGAAAUACAACCAAGUUUCUGGUUUCUCUAAUUGUCUUUUCUAGAUAUCUAAAUUAACCAUUGUCUCGAAUCAAAUUUAAUGUUCAAGUAAAUAGGAAUUAAUUUUAGUCUGCUCAUUUGUAAAAUUUAGAUAUAAUUUGUUAAAUUAGUGUUUAUUUUAACUGCAAAAUUUUUUUUUUUUUAAUGUUUAAUUUUUUGGUUAGGCAUAAACAUUUCUUUCAACAAGCUUUUAAAUCAGCAUUGCUGCUCUGUGCCAAAUGCUUGUUGUUUCAAAUGUGAGACAUAGAAACCAAAUGUUGCUCAUAGCAGGCUUGAUGUCUAUAGCUAUAGGACUCUUGCUCAUUGACAGAUAAGAACUUGUAGAGUUUUUCCUUUUUGAAAGAAAAUCUCACCACCAUUAUUUUUACUCCCCCUUCCCAUCUAAAGUAAACCAAAUUUUUUAAAAUCUAUUUUUCUCACUAAAUGUAAAUUUUAACUUAAUCUUUCUCAAAUUAUAUUUUUCAAUUUUCCAAUUUCAACUUUCAUCAAUCAUCUUUAAAACACCUAUUUAAGUGUUGAAAUAUUAAGGUUUUAAAGCAUUGUCUGAAAAUUAAUCCUUAGCAAAUUUUGUUUUACAUGAAACUUUUGAGGAAAAUUAUCAAGAAUUAAGGAGUGCAGUUUUAUACCUUGCUUUUUAAGUCUAUAAGAUUUAGUUUGUUGAAUCAAUUUAUUUUGAACUUAGCUCUAUUUUUUCUCCUUUGUGAUCUGUUGUCUUAGGAUUCUAAUGGAUCUGAUCUUUGACAGUUGACCAAUGGAACUGGUUUGACUGCAGAGCUAAAUUAUUCUGGAAAUGUCUUCAAGACUGUUUUACAGUUUGCAUGAUUGCUAUAUUUGUUGGACUUGUUUUGUCAUGAUUGCCUUGUUAUCCUCUAUGGCCCAGUCAGGUUAUGAGAAUACUUGAAGUUGUGAACUGCUUUCUCAGACGGGAACUUGAUCAGUCUUUUAAGAAAAAUCUACAUUUCUUUUAAGCUGAACUGGUGAACCAGCAGCUUCAUAUGAGAGGCUUUGAUAUUUUGUAAAUAAAAGAAUUAUAAUGGUC